UAGGGCUAAAGUGCAACUAACUUCAGGGCAAUACAAGAUGAUUGUCCCGGGCAAUGCCCUUUCGUUAUUGAGUUUCUGAACGCAGCCAGUCCCCGCCUGCCUCUAAAAAGAACAUGGCGGUACCGAAGUCGUCUCAGUGUAACGCCUGACAUUAUUACACGAAUUUUACAAAAACUUUGUAUUAAAAUGUGAAAACCAUGAAUUAAAACAACUGGUGUUGUGUAAUUUAAGUGUGUUUAAUGAUGUGUCGGAUCGGGAUGUGCCGAUUUGGAAUCGGGAACUGGAUUUUUUUGAUCGCUUCGGCACAUUUGUUUACAUACGUCCAAGGGGUCGAUGAGCUAGUCCCAGACGAAGGUGUCCGGUUGACAUCAGAACCGCACGAUGCAGUCGUAGAAGAGGGGGAUUCAGUUGUUCUGGCGUGUGCUGCAGCCAGAGGGGCCAAGAUACACUGGAGACAUCGAGCUGAUGGUCCACCGAGGCGGGAUGACGCACUGUCCAGCGAGGAUAAGUACAGAAAGCAACUAGCGAACGGUUCUCUAGUGAUAGAGAGCAUGUCUGCAACUCUGGCGGGGCAUUACCAAUGUGUGGCCACUGGAAGCGCGGGAAGCGUGGUUUCGCGGGUCGCGUUAUUAUAUUUAGCAGAAGUCCCACCACUCAUACCGGGUCCCCGUAGUAUCCUAGGCACAGUGGGAGCUCCAGCACUACUCCCCUGUGGUGUCUCUGCACCUCCACGAGUGGCCGUGAAGCUGCAAGGACCGGCUGCAUUGCCAGAAAGGAAAGUUUACUCGGCAGCGAGGUUACACAGUCCACCGCCGGUUCUCAAGCUAAACGUAACAUGGCUAAAGAAUGGGUCACCAGUCCGAUUGGAAGCAGCACGGGUGUCAGUGACCCCCAGCGGAGCAUUAGAACUUGAUCCACUGCGACCUCAUGACGCGGCUACCUACCGGUGUCGGGUGGCUCUAUCACCGCAUAAGCAUAGGACGGGCGAAGAGAUCGAGCUACGCGUGAGCACGGAGUCGCCAGAUGAGGAGCCGCCACGUUUUGUAGCCACGCCUCAACCCAUCACGGUUAUCGAAGGAGCAUCGGUGACAUUCGACUGUGCGGCGGUGGGCAAUCCCAAACCUGAGAUCACGUGGCUCAACAACGUGGGAGUCGCUAUCGACCUCAAUGACCUGGACUCGCGGUUCUACCUGGUGGGUUCCGGGUCCCUGCGCGUGCAGGCCGCUCGAGGUCUAGACGCGGGGAGCUACACGUGCCGAGCACAUUCUCGGCUGGACUCCGCCGACAGCGCCACCACGUUGACCGUACUGACUGCGCCCCGCGUGUCGCUCCCCGGCGGCGCGGUGGUGGUGGCGCGCACGCGCGGCGACGUGACGCUGCGCUGCGACGUGCGCGGCCGCGGCGCCGCCGUGGCGUGGCUGAAGGACGGCGAGCCUUUGACACCCAAUCAGCACGAUAUAGCGCUGGUGGACGGGUCCUCGCUCCGCAUCCAGGGCGUGCUGCGCGUGGACGCGGGCAUGUUCCAGUGCGCGGCCGGCAGCGCGGCCGGCAGCGCCGUCGCCGCGCUGAGGCUGCAGGUGCUGCCGCCCGAUGACGAGCUUGCCUCCCUCCCCUCCCCUCCCGACAUCUUCAACUCCCUGGUCCCCGACGACCCCGACUUCCUCGGGGAGACGUCCCCCGCGUUCACGCACGCACCGGACUAUUAUGAUUACACGCUCACUGAAGGACUGGAGCUGGGACGAGAGAACGGGAGCAUCGUGAGCCCGCCCAGGGAGCUGAGGGCGGUAAUCGUGAAGCAUCGCUUCGUGACGCUGAGCUGGUUGGAACCGGCGAGGAAGAUGGAAGAAGUGGUGGGCUAUGUGGUGGUGUAUCGAGUCAAAGGGAGCGAGAGGGAACGAGUUUCGCGCGGCAGUGCGACGCGGUUCGAGAUGAACGUCGCAACUCUUCAACCAAACACUACAUACGUGUUCAGCGCACGAGCACUUACGCUCAGUGCUAUUUCACCGCCAACUGAGACGAUCGAAGCCCACACGGCGGCUGAAGAGCUAAGCUUCGGUCCCCCCACCAACGUGAAAGUGGAAGCCGCCGGUCCACACAGCCUCCGUGUCAGGUGGUCCCCGCCAGCGCAGGAACCUCAGCCGCCGCACUACACCGUGCACUACACGGAGGUGGAAACGGGUCGCGAGCAAGUGGUGACGGCAGACGCGGACUCGUCGGGCGGGUCCGCGACGCUGGGCGGACUGCGCGCCGCCGCCGCGUACUCGGUGUCGGUGGCCGGCGCCGGCGGGGCGGCCGCGGACCCGGUGCUAACGAGGACGUUAGCGUUAGCGCCUCUAGCGCCGCCCGCCAAUGUCAGCGCUGAGCCAGCUUCGCCCACUUCGAUCCUGGUUCGCUGGGAAGCCCCCCCGGCCCGCACGCACCGCGGCGCCCUCACCGGGUACAAGGUGCGCUUCCGGGCCGCCGGCGCGAGGCGCAAGGCCGACUCCCUCACCACCCCCGCUGACGCGAGACGGGCCGAGUUGAGAGAUCUCGACCCGCAUACUACAUAUCAAAUCCGCGUCUGCGCCAUCAACGCUAACGGAUCGGGGCCCUUCAGCGAGUGGCUGACGGCGGCCACGCAGGCGCGCGCGCACGACGAGUCCCGGGUGCCGCCGCAGCCGCCCCCACUUAGCACGCGCGCUGGCCGCGACUGGAUCUCAGUGUGGUGGGAGGAAGGCUCUGAAGGAGGGUCCCUGAUCCGCGGCUACCGGCUCGGGUGGGGGCUCGGCGUGCCCGACGUGCACGGGAAGGAGCUACCUGCCGCCACACAUCACCACGUCAUCAGGGGGCUGGAAUCGAACGCGGAAUACGUGAUAUCCCUCCACGCAUCGAACGCGCUAGGCGCGGGGCCUCCGGUGUAUGCCACUGUACGAACGAAGGCAGCAGCUGAAGGCGAUGAUCUCGAGGAGGAUGAGGAGGACGAGGAGGAUGAAGAGGAUGAGGAGGAACGACCACCGUUAAUACCGCCCGUCGGACUUAAGGUGAUAAUGCUGAGCGGUAGCACGGCUGUGGUUUACUGGACCGACCCCACGCUACCUAAAGGACAGACCGCAACAGACGGGCGACGCUACGUGGUGCGCUACGCGGCCGCCGGCGCCGGGCAGCGCGCGCGCAGCUUCAACGCCACCGACCUCAACUGCAUGCUCGAUGACCUCAAGCCUUUCACACUUUACGAGUUCGCCGUUAAACUCAUUAAAGGUGGUCAGGAGUCGGCGUGGUCGAUGCUGGUGUCGAACACGACGCUGGAGGCGGCGCCGGCGUCCCCGCCCCGCGAGCUGCGCGCCGCCGCGUCCACGCCCGCCGCGCGCGCCGCCGAGCUCGCGUGGGCGCCGCCCGCCAAGCCCAACGGGGUCAUUACGGGUUACACAAUAAUGUACGCGCCGGCCGGCUCGGGCUUGGGAGACUGGACCGUGCAGAAGGUGGAGGGCGACCGCCCGAGGGCGCGGGUGGAGAGGCUGCGCGCGCGCACUACGUACUCGUUUAAAGUGCAGGCCAAGAACAGCAAGGGCGUUGGCCCGUUCUGUGCACCCAUUUCAUAUACCACUGGUAUUGACACGGGUGGCGGGGGACUGGCGGGUGCCACAUCGGCGUGGCUGUGGGCGUCGGCGGGCGGCGCGUGCGCGGUUCUGGCUCUAGCGGCGGCUCUCGCACUCUCGUUAUGUUGCCGCAAGGCGCCGCCACUGUCGCCACAUACCAGCACAUACCAGAAGUCAUCAGCGUCAGCGGGCAUCAAGCCCCCGGACCUGUGGAUCCACCACGACCAGAUGGAGCUGAAGCAUCUGGACAAAAGUCUGCACAGCUCAGCUAGUAAGAUAUCGGCCGGCAGCGUAGACGGGCCUUCAGCGUUGGCGUCCUCGACGCUGACGCUCACGCGGGCCCCGGCCGAGUACGAGCCCGCGCGGCACCCGCACCCGCCGCCCGCCAGCCUCGACCGGAGACACUACGUGCCUACUUAUGUCGACCGGCGGUCGCCAUCUUGCGCGGGCUCGGACGAGACGGCGCCGCUGCGCGCGUCGCCUGCGCCCGCGCCGCGCGCACGAGAGUGCAACGUCUGUGCUUAUCGACCGAUGACGGGCACGGGCACGGGCAUGGGCGUGGGCGUGGGCGUGGGCAUGGGCGUGGGCUGCGCGGCCACGUGCGAGCGCCGCGCGCUGCGCCCCGCGCUCGGCCUCCCGCACCCCGACCAGCGAGUACAUCGCUCGACCCGCUUUGACCUGUCCCAUCCUCAGCAGGAGUGUUUCCAGAGCACGCCGCUGCUGGCGGGCGUGGCGCCACUGUCGCCGCAAUCUUCACUCGCGUCGUUACAUGCGCACGGGCACCCCGGCCAUGCGCAUAAUACGCUGCCUCACACGCACUCGCUCGCGCACCCGCCGCUCGCGCCGUGCGGAGGUGGCACAUGUCCGCUAGGCGCCGCUUGCGCACCCGUCGGGGGCACCACGCCGGCCGGCUCCGACAUCUACGCGUGCGCGGCGCGGGAGAGGGGGCAUUAUGUCGCUUACGAACCGCUAGGACAUUACACGCAUCGCGACUCAAUGAGUAGCGAAGCCGGCGGCCUCAGCGGUGCGGGCACCAGCGGAGCGAGUGGGGCGAGCGGCGCGGGGGCGGGGGGCUCCCUCAGCGGCGCGGGGGCGGGUGCGGGGGUGGGCGGCUCCCUCGUAGGCGCGGGGGCGGGGGCGGGGGGCUCUCUACAACGGCGAGCGUGCGCGGCGCCGCUGCACAGCUUCGCCGACUCGCCGCACUCCACACCUAGCCAUGGGCAUGGUAGCAUGAGAGAGACGUCGCCGUACAAGAAGAGCAACAGUUCGUCGCCCGGACACAUCCCCAAUCGACUGCAGCUGGGUGGCAGCGUAGCGCACUGCCCCGAGGAGCUCGAAGCGCUCACGCCGUCCCGCUCCACCGAACGGCUGGCGAGAGAGAUGCAGAACCUCGAGGGGCUCAUGAAGGACCUGUCGGCCAUCACGCAGCAGCAGUUCCACUGCUAGCGCACCGCCACUCCUCCAACUGAAGGGGAGAUACGUGUAUAACGGACUAAACGACAGUUUAUCGAACGCCAAUCCAACAGUAACAAUGUAUG